AUGUUGAUUUACGUCCUCGCGCGCACCAACAGCGUUUUCGCAAGAAAACAGGGCCCGAAGCAAGCACACACAAUAUUAAUGGGUUCUAAAUUCUUAACAGCUAAAAGCCAACUAAAGAUUAUUAUUUACCGUAUACACGAGAACCCGGAGGAGCGACUGACACAUUCAUAAUUUACAAAGGCACUCUAUAAUACGCAUAAUUGUAAAAAAAACCUGCGGUAUGCUUAUUCCACACUUCUGGAGUACAGCUGUACGAUGUCAACAAAUGCGGUAAAGAUGGCCACGCGAUUUGGUGGAGGGUUAUUUUCGUCCCAUGGAAAGCCAACGAACGUUCAAUUAUUAGCACAAAGUUUUCAGGCAUUUAAGAUUCAAACUCGAGAUAUAAGACCCGGUUCGAAACCAGGUACUAGACCAGAUAGUAAACCAAAACAGAGAUUUCCUGAUUGGUUUUUGAAGAAAGAAAGAGUUCAAUACAACGAAGGUUUAACUGCAGAAAAUAAGGCUUUUGUUCAAGAAGUAGUAGAAGAUAAAUUUGGUCCCCCUGCUAUUAUAGGAGGAAUUGCUACAUAUAAGAGCCCAUUAAAAGUUGAACCAUUGGUAAGAGGUGAGUGGACUGAAAAGAGUCGACGGACUGGUGUCAUUGCUCGCAAAAUAGGUGUUUAUCCUUUAUGGUUCAAAGAUGGGAAGAAGGUCUUGACAUCAUUGUUACAGGUGAUUGACAACCAUGUUAUCCAAUACACUCCCCCAGGCGAGUUCCAGCAAGCCCGUAAACUGGAAAAGGCACUUUGGAAACCAAAUAAAUUGGGAUGUUUGUUAGUUGGAGCUGAGAGUACUGAUCCACAGAAGUUCACAAAAGAGUAUUGUGGUCUCUUUUCUAAGUCUGGAGUGAUGCCUAAGAAAAUUCUUGCUCGUUUUCUUGUAACACCAGAUGCUGCAAUUCAGCCGGGUACUCCUCUACUAGCUUCACAUUUUAGAGUUGGUGAUUAUGUGGAUGUGAGGGGUAAAACCAUCGACCGUGGGUUCCAAGGUGUUAUGACACGGUGGGGCUUCAGUGGAAUGCCUGCUUCUCAUGGUGUAACCAAGACUCAUAGAAGGGCAGGAAAUAUCGGAUCAGGUGGAACCAAAGCUCGUAUUUGGAAAGGUCAGAAAAUGCCUGGUCACAUGGGCAACAGAUGGCGUGUUCUGAGAGGACUGAGGAUAUGGAGGAUUAACACAAAAUAUAAUGUUCUCUAUGUCUCGGGCCAGAAUAUUCCUGGUGAAACUAAUUCAAUGGUGUAUAUAUAUGAUACAGUGCUGCCAUUGAGGAAAUUCAAGGAACCUCCGCCUUUUCCUACAUAUUAUACAGAAGAUGAAGAAAAUCUUCCUGAUGACAUUUAUUAUAGUGAUGUUCACCAAUUCUCAGAGCCUAGUAUAAUGUUUGAGGAAAAUAAAUAGAAGUUAUGUGUAGAAAAUUUAAUAGCUAUUAAAUAUUUGUUUUUGUAUUUAUUAUUUUACAAUUAUUUUGCCUUUUAUUCCUCUUUUCAUUGUGCAUGAAAAUAAAUGAUUGAAAUUAUGUUACUCCCACAGUAUCAUACAUUUUUUUAAUUCUGUUAAUGAUUAUGUGGAAAAAUUGCGCAGUGUGUGCUGUAUCAGCUACAAUAAAGUUUUACAUGAAAUUGUGAU